AUGAGAUCAUUGAAUACUUCGCUCCCGAGCUCGACACCUCGUUCACAACCUCCUGAGCAACUCCUGCAGUCAUUCAAAGCGGCGGCGUUGUCUGUCACCAACCUCUACAAGAAUGCCGUCUACGAACAGUCACAGGCCAAACAAGCGGGCUACCAAGAGGCCAUCGAAGAUCUUCUGCAGUUUCUAGACAAAGAGAACCUUGGUUUGGGUGAUGGGGAAGGUUGGAAAGUUCGUCAAUGGGCCACGGAAAGAAGUGACGGAACUGCUCUUCCUAGUGAUGACGAGGGCGAGAAGCAGGCGCGGAGCACGCCCCCUUUGGCAACCCGCAAGGACCAUCAUGAGUCGGAAUCUACACGACAGCCUUCCAAGCCGACGUCUGAUGACCCAGCCCCGCAGCAGUCGACACCCCCGCCGAUGAACGAACCCGCUGUCUUCACUUUCACCGCUGGCCCAACAUUCCCAUCGCUAGGAGAGUCGGAUAUCGAUAUGCAACCCUCGGAAGGUCUGUCCAAUGCUACUCAGGACGGUGCUCCCGUCAGUGUAUCUGUCUUGUCCCGGAACCCUCGACAACCGAACCGCCAUAACAACCUGUCCCGAACCACCGCGCGAAGCUCGACACGAGAACCCUCUGCAGGAAUGGGUUCCAAGCGGAAAUUCACGGUUCCCGACUUCUUCGAUCUAUCCGGACUGGGGAAUCGAGAUAUGUUUGGGGGCGGCAAACGCGGCCGCUUCGCCUAG